AAGCCAACCAAAGAUAGAAUAGAAUGCAAAUUGGUAAAAAAAUAAAAAAAAACAGCUAGCAAAAAUAUAAAGAGUAGGAGUAGAAACGAAGUCUCACACCUACCUUCCUCUUCCCCACUUCACCCUUCUCUUUAUUUUCUCUCUCUUCCUUUGUUUUUUUUUUUUCUUUAUUUCUCUUAUUAAGGAACACUACACAACUCCCCUCUCUUUCUAACGUUAGUACUCUUCUUCCACUAUUAUUUCAUUUUCUCUCUCUCCUCUCUUCCUUGCAACACCAGCAGGUAGUUAAAUUAGUUUAAUUUAGCUCAGAAAUUCACUUCUUCGACGAAUACAAGAGUUAGAAAUUAAUUAUAAAAACAAAAAUGAGUGGGACAAAGUUGAUGGAGGAGAUAGAUUGUGGGAACUUCUUUGACCAAAUUGAUGACCUUCUUGAGUUCCCAAACGACGACGUUGAGAAAGGUUUGAUUGAUAAUGGAGUUGGAGUUGAACAUCAGUAUAAUGAUUUUCCACCGGUUUUUUGGUCGGAAAAUUCGCCGGUUUUUUCUGCGGCGAAUAGUAACAGCGCGUCUGACCUCUCUGCUGAACUCUCUGUUCCUUAUGAGGACAUUGUUCAGCUCGAGUGGCUAUCGACUUUUGUGGAAGAUUCCUUCGCCAGUGGAGGCCUGACGCUUGAGAAAAGUCAGUGUACUUCCUCCUCCAAGGACUCCCCACGAAAUCAGUUUCAGACUUCCAGUCCUAUUUCGGUCCUUGAGAGUAGCAGCGCUUGCUCGAGAGGAAAGACACUCCCCGCCAGUCAUGAAAAACGUGCUCGUAGUAAGCGCCCUCGUCCUGCUACUUUCAACCCUCGCGCUCACUUGAUCUCACCAGCAUCCUCCAUCUUGCAAACACCUCAUCGAUUGCUCGCCUUUAAUGCUCCGAUGUCAGGGAGUUUUGCUGAGUCUCUUCCCCUGAAGAAGAAAAAGAAGAUCAAGAUUCUACCUCCCUCUGGUGGAAUAAGUCAGAAUCAGAAUGAAAAUCCUAAUGCAAACACCACCUCACAGGCACUGAGGAAGUGCAUGCAUUGCGAGAUCACAAAGACUCCACAAUGGAGGGCGGGACCAAUGGGUCCCAAAACCCUUUGCAAUGCAUGUGGUGUCCGGUACAAGUCAGGCCGUCUCUUCCCAGAGUAUAGGCCUGCAGCAAGCCCCACAUUUGUUCCGUCCUUGCACUCUAACUCACACAAGAAAGUCGUCGAGAUGAGAACCAAGAUCACCGAGGAGAAACCUUUGGUAACUACCGCAUACAUGUGAAUUGUGAUCAAGAAGGUAGAGAUCAUUGCAUUAUUUCGUUGCUGGAAUGGUCGCGUUCUAGUGUCAUUUGUUAUUGUUUCUCAGUUAUUAGUAUCACUACAUAUAUCUUGGUUCAUUGGUUUUUUUGUACAGAGGAGCAAUGUGAUGAAAUAGCAGCAAUAGAUGACCAUAUUUUUUAGCUUAAGUAGAAGAGGAGUUUAAGAAAAAAAAGGAGGAAUUAAGGAGUUGAGAGAUCAGCAAAAUACAAAGUUUGUAGACCUCUUAAGGUUUUUUUUUUUUAGGUGUAGGUAAAUUUUAAUUAGUUUUUCAGGGUCAUUAGGUAUUAAGUAUGAGUCUCUACUUGUUUACCUUCCCAUUUUAUUCAUCUUUUUAUUUACCAUUUGUACGGAUAUUCUUUUUGCAGUUAAUAUUUGUCAGCCAGGAAAUUUCUGAAAUGAAAAUCUUAAUUUUUUUUUGUU